UUUUUUUUUUUUUUUUUGAGGAUGUGAAAGAGUGAGACUGAGGCGCAUAUAGCAUGGAGUGGGAACGUUGCUGCGUUCUGUCAAACCAUAUUUGACAGCACGGUGCGUUUCACGAUUGACCACGGAAAAUCUUAAAGAUUAAUUAUACAAUUUUGUUAUUAGUGUUAUUCUUAAUACUGAGAAAUGUGCGUUCACCAUCUAUAAUUCACACAAAGAAUACAGAAGGCAACAUCCAGGACCAAGGACUUACUUUUUUCAUCUGAGUGACUGAGUGGAUAAAAAUGGAAAGAACUGAAAGGAGAGAUGUGCCCGACAAAGAAACAUUCUUCUGCAAACAUUUAAUUUCAGGAUUUGUUAUCAGGCUUGUUUCAUAAAAAAAUAUAAUCAAUUCAUUAAUUAUUUUUUGCUUGGAAGCAACUGGAAUUUUACUGUAUUCUGGUAUCCUGGACAACUAUACCUCAUUUUGCAUUUUCCAUUUUUAACUUUAUUUUAAUCAGGAGAAACUGAAAUCUGUGAGAAAGCAAAGGAGCAGGCAUUUUUCAUAAAGGAGUUAUCACUGAACUUUAAAUACUUAAGGUGACUUGAAUUCCAUAAUAUUCCCUGCUGCUGUACCCUAGCACUCGAUGUGAUGAUGAAGCCCACCAUGCUGGGUUGCCAUAGUUACCUGUACUUACUAAACAGGUUCCCUCUGAAUUUCUUAAAGAGAAACACUGGCCAGUAAAGAAAAGGUAGCUGUAUAGAAAGCCAUCGUUAUUAAACAGUUACUUACAUUUCAUAUUUUACUGCUUAGCAACACUUACAGUUAAAGUGCCAUAACCAUCUUCAAAGUUUACAAAAAAAAGUGACUCCUGCAACUGCCAAUAAAUUGUUUACACCUCAUAAGAAAGUACUAUUUUUCUAUUUUAGUGUGAUUUUGCAGAAGGUCAAAUUGCUAAAGAACAUUUAAGUGCCAAAAAUAAAAGACAUUACUGCCAAAUAAAAAACAGACAGAGAUAAGACCAAGUUUACAGCUGAAAGUACAAAGUUUUUAAAAAGGCUUUUUCUUAGAUCUUUUGAUGGAUUUUUGUGUCGUUUUUGUGGAGCUGAGCAAGAGUAGUCCCAGGAGGUAAAGUAUUAGUUUCUUCAUUGCUUAUUUGUAAAGGUUCAUGCGGUUUCAAUUUUCUCAUGCUUAUUGAUCAAUAUUGACUAAAAGCCAGAUUUGUCAGACAUAUCAUUUUCUAAAUCGGUAGAGUCAUUUUAAAGUUGCGUUGCCUCGUACAGCUUUAUAAUGUGAAAAUGUAGGUUUAAAUCUACGUAACCAAAUGUUUACACAGUAUACUUAUAUUAACAGAUCCACACUGAAUGUAAACAAACAAAGGAAUGAAUGAAUAAACAAACAAAUAAACUGAAGAAAAACACUUUACUGUUAUAGAUCACCUACUGCUUGUAGCUGAAAAGGACAAGGACAUAUGCCUCAUAAAAUCUGAAUAGUGCUACAAUUUCAUGAGAUGUAGUUGUGUUGUUUCUGUGUACCAUUCAAAAAUUUCAGACCUUGGAGAUUCUGAGCACACUGCCUGGAUCAUUAGGUAAAAAAACAGCUGAGCACAAUGAAUAAGAAGUUAUCAAAAAGUAUAGGGCUUGGGACAAAACAGCAGUUCUCAGAUCCCAGCCCUUCCACUUGAUGUUUACAUGCACUCCCACAUUUCCCUGUUCAUUAGAUAACUGUUUUCUCAGCACUUUGCAGUGUGGGCUGAUACUUCAGUCUCUUUUUGCAGGUGAUGGUAUAGCUAACAGACUGAGUGGAGAGAGCUGCACAGCAUAAAGUCAACAUCUGGAACACUGGACACCUUGAACUUUGAUUUACAAAAAUGAAAUCAAUUGCCUGUCACAGGAUGUGUUCUUUAGUUCUCUUUUUGAUGUUUUCUCCUGUCAUUGCUAUGGUGACGAGCUCCACUGAGCAUCAGGCAGCAAAUGGGAGUCCAAGCAGUGCAACUUUUGUACUUUUUACCAGCCAUGGUAACAAGCAAACAAUGAAGUCUGCUGGCAAUUCGGAGCUGGCCAUGAAAAUAUCUGAGAUUCCACCGAAACCUUUGCCGCAAAUCAUGCUCCCCAGGAACAUGACAGCCGAUGCUCUAAAGCCGCCACUUGGGGCUGCCCAGGUGGCUCCACCAAAAAAAGGACUUGUGGAUGUGGACGUUUGCAAAGGUUACUAUGAUGUGAUGGGCCAAUAUGAUCUGACCUUCAAUUGCAGCAAAAGCACAUACAUAUAUUGCUGUGGGACCUGCCACUACCGCUUCUGCUGUGAGCACCAGAGCAGCCGCUUGGACCAGGAGUCCUGCAAGAACUACGACUCUCCUGUGUGGGCCAACACACAACCACCUGCAACCCCAGCACCAGGCCAACGAUCUGACCCAAACUUUGAUCCACUCCAGCAGCAGAACAACAACACCAUGUACGUCAUAGGAGGUGUGAUUUCCUUCACGGUGGUGGUGGCGGUGGGCAUUAAGGUGGCCUUCCACAAGGUGUCCCGUCGGCCCAGGCACAGGGAUAUAAACGUGCCAAGGGCUCUGGUAGACAUCUUGCGUCACCAGUCUAGUCCAGUACAGCAAGCAGAGCGGAACAACAGUGUUGCUCUAGGUCCUGGGGGGAACGAGGGGACCCUGGGACGACCCCCCAAAAACCUGUAUACACCUGUACCUCAGGGCAAAGAGAACCGAAUUGGGAAUUUGCACCACAAUUUCAUCUACCUGUCUGAUUCCAGUCCCAAACACAAUGCUACAAUCGAGCGCCCACCGCAUAUGAACAACACCACGCUUGCCUCCACUGGAACACUGCUCUCCAGCAAACACAGCAAUGCCUCUGCCCCCCACCCCUCUCUCUCGCACUCUUUUCACAACCUGGCCCAGCUGCCCCCAUCCUAUGAGACAAGCACCAAAUCUGAGAUGAAUAGGUACAGCUCGCUGAAGAGGCUGGAAAAGGAUCUGGAUGACUACUCUGGAUAUUAUACCACCAAACGGCGGCCAAACAAUGCUCCUCCUUCCUUUCACUCAUCUCAGCACCACCUCCACUGGGGUGGGGACUAUACACUGGGGGCCAGGGGCACGCUCCCUCUGCACACGUCACGCCCGAGAAUUCACGUGCCACCGGGGCCAUCUCCAACACCAAACCCUUAUCCUUUACAGCCGCCUCAGUCACAGUACAACCCCAACUUUGACACACUGUCCAAGCCUCCGCGAAGAGUGAUGUCUCAGGACCAGCUGCUUAAUCUGGGAGAUGGCAAUACUACAUUGUCCAGACUAACUAAAAACCAACAGCACCAGUAUUAUAAAGCUGUGGCAGCAGCAAAAAGCUCGAACUCACAAACCCUCCGGAAGUCACACGAAAGGCUCCUUGUGUCCCCUGAUCAGUUGGGGGAAAGAGUUAGUGGAGGAGUGGGUACUGGAGAGUUUGGGGGGAUGGUCCCCACGCUGCCACGGCUUACCCCCAGCCAGAAAGCGCAAUCCCAACAAAAUGUUUGUGCUACCCCCUCGCUUGACCGACAUCACAUGAUCAAAAUGAACUCCCACCCCACCUCCGGCAGGGAGCAGGAGCGCAGCGCACCAAUGCCUACCCACACGGGAGGGGCCGUGGGCUGGGGGGAGUUACCUGGAGGGGGCACAGGAACACUAGGGGGCCACAAUGCCAGAAGAUUAGCUUUUGCAGCCAAGAGGCAGAACACCAUCGAGCAGUUACACUUUAUUCCUGGUGGGGGGGGUGUGGGUGUAGCGGCAACUGGGAAUCAGGGCUUGAGGACAGGGAGCAAGAAUGAAGUGACAGUGUAGGGGAAAAGGCGACGAGGAGCAGGACAGGCUGGGGAUAGACUUUGGUGUUCAUGUGAGAAAGGAGCAGGUGAUGGACAGAGGAAAUGGGAACAGGAAGACUGGCAGCUAAGUGCAGCAUAUAGGGUUUUAAGGAUGGCUAUUAUAAAGACAGGAAGUGUUAUAAAAAAUACUUUUUCAAACUCUUGAAAUGUCAGGUCAAUUUUUAAAUCAAGGUUUCCUGCAAUUGAGCGUCAAAACAGAAAAGACAAAGAUAAAGACGAUAAAUAAAUAGGAAGUUACUUCGGAACAGGAGAGGCAGUGAUUUGAACUUCAAUACACUUUACAGUGAUAAUUUUCAAAAAAACAAAAAACAAACAAAAAAAUUUCAGCCAUAUUUUGAAGGAAAGAGGGUGGGCACAGAGUAGCCUUUACAAAAGUGGGCAAGUAGAUUUCCUCUGUUAAGUCUCCAUGCAUUCGCUUCUGCUAUGGCUGUGCGUGUUGGUCCAUAACACACAUAGGGGGGCGCACACUGCUUCCCCUGUGAAGUCACAUGUUCUCCUGUGAUGGAAUGACUGGACAAAAGAGGAACAUAGUUAUAUCAUAAUGCUAUAAUGGUUAUUAAAAGCUGCGUUUACUGGAUUGUAUGUUUGCAAUGACAGUAAAAUAUAUCUGCCUGUUCAAACAUAGAAUGACUUAUAAGAAUACUUAUAAGAAUACUUAAGAAAAUUUCCUUGAUUUUCUCCCAAAUUUGGCCAGUUUGUAGUGAACCACUUCAUUAUUCUGUUGACACACUCCCUGGCAUGCCCACCAGUACAUGGGCUAUUUAUCAGUGUAAUGGAGCCACUUACACACUGGUCAACCAUUACAAACCAAAGCAACUUUCACAAAAGAAGAGUGAUUUUACAAGGCUACUUAGCCACCACUAACAGCUAGCAAACAAAAUAGUUCCGGCAUGAGCAAGAAGACUGAGUAA